GAGGCCCCGGCCCCCAACCGCCUCGGCGCCCUGAGGCCCCGGCUCCUCACGUGACCCGGGCGCGAGCCGGCAGGGCCCCACGUGCGCGCUCCGGGGAGGUCCGCCGCCGGCCGGCCCGGGGCCCCAGGUGGGGUGGGAGGAGGAAGGCCGAGGCCCCCCAAGCCUGAUCAGGGCACUCCCCCACGCCGGCCCCCGCCGCAGCAAGUUCCUUUCCCUCUCUGAGCCUCAGUUUCCCCUGUGAGAAACGGGGGACGCCGCUGCUGAGUCUGGUGCCUGAGCAGAGACGUGGCUCGCGACAGCAUGACGAGUGAGGUGAUCGAGGACGAGAAACAAUUCUAUUCCAAGGCCAAGACGUACUGGAAGGAGGUCCCGGCCACCGUGGACGGCAUGCUCGGGGGGUACGGCCACAUCUCCAGCAUCGACAUCAACAGCUCCCGGAAGUUCCUGCAGAGGUUUCUGAGGGAAGGCCCAAACAAGACGGGCACCUCAUAUGCCCUGGACUGCGGCGCUGGCAUUGGAAGGAUCACCAAGAGGCUGCUCUUGCCUCUCUUCGGAGCGGUGGACAUGGUGGACGUGACGGAGGACUUCCUGCUCAAGGCUAAGACCUACCUGGGUGAGGAGGGCAAGAGAGUGAGGAACUUCUUCUGCUGCGGCCUCCAGGACUUCAGCCCGGAACCUCACUCUUACGACGUUAUCUGGAUCCAGUGGGUGAUAGGCCACCUGACCGAUCAGCACCUGGCCGAGUUCCUGCGGCGCUGCAAGCGGGGCCUCCGCCCCAACGGCAUCAUCGUCAUCAAAGACAACAUGGCCCAGGAGGGCGUGAUCCUGGACGAUGUGGACAGCAGCGUGUGCCGGGACCUUGACGUGGUCCACAGGAUCGUCCACAGCGCAGGCCUCAGCCUCCUGGCCCAGGAGCGGCAGGAGAACCUUCCGGACGAGAUCUACCACGUCUACAGCUUAGCCCUAAGAUGAGCGGGGCUGGCAGGAGAGAGGGACCAGUGUGGGGUCGGGGAGGGCUGGCAGCCGGGUGAGGUCCACAAGCUCAACCUCGGCGGUUCGGGAGUGUCGAGCGGGGCCGCUAAAUACACCUGUCUGCCGUCCACUCACUAUACAGACUCUUAUUAAAAAGGCAUAAGGGGACCCAGUUGGGAGGGGUGCUGCUGAAUGGGACAUUGAGUGCAACCCCUGCCUGGGCCCCUGGUGCUCGCCUCGUGGGAAUCCGGCGAGCCCAUCAGAAGUGAGAUUCCCUGCUCUCCAGUACCACCACCUGGCCUUCCUGCCACAGGCCUGGCUGGCUGAAGAGGAAGAGAGUAACCAUUAAAGCGGCUGCUGAGGACUUUAUACCUCCAGAGGGGAGGCGAGCGGAGCUGGGCCGCCGGAGCCUGCGGCUCUCAGCGCCCUCCUGCCCGCGCUGAGCCUACGUGGUGCCUGCCGAGUGGUGCAGUGGAUGGAUGUCCACGUUCCGAGUGCUAUUUGGCGAUGGGGCCCUGGCGCCCUUAACGUGAUCGCCACAACAGCCUGCAGGGAGGGGAGAGGCCUGGAGCUUCCCUCUUGGCUGUGCCUUGUGGCUCCUCCUUAGGGGGCAUUCUCAGUCACAAAUAAAAGGGUGAACCCCUGUACUGGAAAGGCC